AGGAACAUGGCUGACGGACUUUGCUGUGGCAGACUGUGGCUGCUGCUCCACAAAUCUUGACAUUUUGGAGGCAUCUGACGCCAGUGUACCGUGGUCUAGCAGCUGUAGUGUUCCUGAAGGGUUUAAGUACUUGAUCGUGUGUGUAGAGGAGCAGAAUAUACGCUGUGUAAUGUGGAUGCAGAAAAUAUAGGAAAUUACGACUCUGCUAUGGACGAGGGGCCGUAAAAUGGCCGCCCGUCAGCCAUCUUUGGUGGCCACGUAACGCCGUGAGGGAAGCGGCGCUGAGCCUCCCUGGCCACACAAACACUUCUGUGCUGUAUCCUGCAAUGAAACUAGUGAGAUUUAACUGAGAAAAGGAAGCAUUUUCAGAGGAUUACACUCGUAGGAGGCUGAAGACAUCUGCGGGCGGCGGGCCUCGGACCGGCUCACGAUGAGGGAGUACACUGAAGACAGUGGCUCUGAUAGUGAAGAGGAGCACUCUGGGUCAGGCAGUGACUCGGAUAAUGGCAAUGAUUCUGACAACAACGAGAACGAGAGUAAAUCAGGCGGUGGCAGUGAAUCAGGUUCCGGGUCAGGAAGUGGAAGUGGUUCCGGGUCUGGAAGCUCCUCUGACAGUUCUGACAACAACAAUUCAGACUCAGACUCGGAUAACAAGCAGUCUGGAUCUGAGGAGGAAGAUGAUGAUGAUAAUGAAAAUAAACAAGAUGAUGAUGAGGAGCAGGAUGAUGAAGAGCAGGACGAAGAUGAACAGGAUGAUGACCACGACCAGUCAGCAAGUUCUUCCAACAGUGGUAGUGGAAGAAAGAAGAACAAAGAGGACUUGAAGUCGGCCUGGGAAGAGAAUCCUGACAUCUAUGGAAUUCGGAGGUCUGCCAGAGAAAGAAAAGAGCCUGAGCGUAUCAAAGUGGAACUCAAGGGAUCAGCAAAAAAACAUAGGAAAAGAUCAACUUCUAGUCAGUGGCAUAGUUCUGAUCAAUCUGACAGUGAAAAUUCUGACUAUGGCUCACCAAAACCAAGGAAAAAGCCUCUCAGCAAGAAACCAGGUUCCUCAUCCUCGAAGAAGAAGUCUCAUAAGAAGCACAAGAGUAGUAGUGAAGCAAGUGAUAGUGAGGAUGAUGGCAAGAGACGAGGAUCCAAUCGUGCUGCGAAAGAAGUCAGUUACAAGGAAGAAGAAAGUGGAGAAGAUGAGGAAGAUGAAGAGGACUUGAUUGAGGUUGAUUGGUCCCAGACAAUACCUGCUGAAGAUGAGAAUGCCCACACCAUAGAAAAGAUUCUGGAUCACAGAGUUGGCAAAAAAGGAGCUGUUGGAAUGCAGACUUACAUAUAUGAAAUAGAAAAAAAUGGAGAACCCAAUGCUGAUUUUGAUCCUAAUGAUCGGGAGCAAGUUGAAGAUCAGUACCUCGUCAAGUGGAAAGGAUGGGCCCAUCUCCACAAUACCUGGGAGUCUGAUGAGUCCCUGAAAACACAGAAGUACAAUGCAUUUCAGGUCAAAGGUUUGAAAAAGCUGGAGAAUUUCUUGAGGAAGGAAGAAGACAUGAUGCUGUGGAGAAAUCAGGCUUCCCCAGAAGAAAUUGAGUAUAUGGAAAUUCAGUCAGAAUUAGAAAAGGAGCUCUACCUCUCACAUAUCAGGGCUGAAAGAGUAUUUGCAGAGGCAGAGGAAAAUGGUAAUCAUUAUUACUUUGUGAAGUGGGAAAAUCUGCCAUACUCAGAAGCUACCUGGGAAUUAGAGGACCUUGUUAGAACAAGGUUCAGUACACAGUUGGAGAGUUUUGAGGCUCGUCAAAAGUCAACCUGUACCCCAAAGCAGUGCCCGGCUCUCAAGCACAGACCCAAGUUCGUAACGAUGAAGAAGCAGCCAGACUACAUUGGGGGUGGCAAUCAGGAUCUUGUGUUAAGAGACUACCAAAUGGAGGGAGUUAAUUGGCUGGUACAUGCAUGGUGCAAACAUAACUCUUCCAUCCUUGCUGAUGAAAUGGGUCUUGGCAAAACCAUCCAGACAAUAGCAUUUCUUAGUUACCUGUUUCAUACACACCACAUGUACGGUCCUUUCAUCCUGGUCUUGCCCUUGUCAACUCUCAAUGCUUGGCAGCGAGAAUUUGCAAACUGGGCUCCUGACAUGAAUGUAAUUGUUUACAUAGGAGACAGGGACUCCAGGAGAUGUGUCAGAGAGUAUGAAUGGUCACACCCAAAUAAACGGCUCAAGUUCAAUGCCAUUCUCACCACAUACGAAAUCCUUCUGAGAGAUAAAGAUGAACUGCGAGAUACUUGUCACUGGGCUUGUCUUGUGGUGGAUGAAGCUCACAGAUUAAAGAAUGAAGAUUCCCAGCUUUAUCAUGCACUGAGAGAGUUUCGCGCCAACCAUCGUCUACUCAUCACUGGAACCCCUUUACAAAAUUCUCUGAAGGAACUUUGGGCACUUCUUCAUUUCAUCAUGCCUGAUAAAUUUGAUGACUGGGAUUAUUUUGAAUCUCAGCAUGAUGGAGACAAUAUGAAGAAAGGCAUUCAUCGUUUACAUCGUCAGCUGGAGCCAUUUUUACUGCGGAGAGUUAAAAAAGAUGUUGAAAAAUCUCUCCCUUCCAAAGUUGAGCAGAUUCUACGUGUGGACAUGAUGCAGCAGCAGAAACAGUAUUAUAAAUGGAUCCUCACCAAGAACUAUGAAAUGUUGAAGAAAGGAAGUAGAGGGUCAACUUCCAGUUUUGUUAAUAUUGUAAUGGAACUGAAGAAGUGCUGUAACCAUUGCUUUCUGACCAAGCCUCCUGACGAUAUCAGCGGAUCUGACUAUUUACAACAUUUGUUGAGAGGGAGUGGAAAGUUGAUGCUCCUGGACAAGCUUCUUGUGCGUCUGCGAGAGACAGGGCACAGAGUACUUAUAUUUUCUCAGAUGGUGCUCAUGUUAGACAUUCUGGCACAGUACCUGCAGUAUCGACGUUUCCCCUUCCAGCGCCUUGAUGGCUCUAUUAAGGGAGAAAUUCGAAGACAAGCUUUAGAUCACUUCAAUGCUGAAGGAUCAAGUGAUUUUUGCUUCUUACUGUCAACUCGAGCUGGCGGUUUGGGAAUCAAUCUAGCAACAGCUGAUACUGUCAUAAUCUUUGACUCUGAUUGGAAUCCUCAAAAUGAUCUUCAAGCACAAGCCAGAGCUCACCGUAUAGGACAAAAAAAUCAGGUGAACAUUUAUCGUCUAGUUACCAAGAACAGUAUUGAAGAAAAUAUUAUAGAAAGAGCCAAGCAGAAGAUGGUUUUGGAUCACUUAGUCAUCCAGUCCAUGGACACAUCAGGGCGCACUGUGUUCAACAAAAAGAUAGCCAGUUCAAAUUCAACUCCAUUUAACCGAGAAGAAUUGAAUGCAAUCCUGAAAUUUGGUGCUGAAGAACUGUUUAAAGAUGAUGAUGAAAAUGAAGAAGAACCAGUGUGUGACAUUGAUGAAAUAUUGAAAAGAGCUGAAACGAGGGAAGAUGCACCAUCUAUGGCAGGGGAAGAGCUCUUGUCUGCUUUCAAAGUUGCAUCUUUCACAUUAGAGGAAGAUGAAGAAGUAUCCAAGCUUGAUUCUAUUACAGAUGAGAAUACCAAAGACUGGGAUGAGAUCAUUCCGGAAGACUUCCGAAACAAAGUGGGGGAAGAAGAGCGUCAAAAGGAAAUGGCAGACUUGUACUUGCCUCCACGAAAACGCACAACAGUGAAUCAGGCAGGUCAAAAGGAGGAUGGGAAGUCUCCACGUGGCAAGAGAAAAAGAGAUGCAUCAGAAUCCAGCAAUGAUGACACUGAUGAUGAACGUCCCAAGAAGCGUGGCCGUCCACGUAUGCACCACAAGGAGACAUUCAAAGGCUUUUCUGAUGUGGAGGUAAGAAGAUUUGUCAAAAGCUUUAAGAAGUUUAGCAACCCAUUACGUCGACUGGACACCAUUGCUCAAGAUGCUGAUCUAAGAGAAAAGGCCUCAAGUGACUUGCGUAAAUUAGGAGAAACUAUCAUUGAACGCUGCAAAGAUGCAAUGAAGGAAUAUGAAAGCCAGAGAGAACAUGAAAAGACUACAGAAGUGAAUGGUGAAGGUCAGCCUAAGAUACGCCGUGAUCGUGGCCCUUCCAUCAAGCUUUCUGGAGUGCCCAUCAAUGCUAAAACUACUUUAUCAACGUUAGAGGAAUUAGCUCCCCUUGAUUCUGUAGUCCCUCAUGCACCUGUUGAGAGAGCAUCAUGGAUACUGCAGAUCAAGAGAGUUAAAGAUGCACAUUGGGACACUCCAUGGGGCAUUGCUGAUGACUCAAGAUUACUUCGUGGCAUCUAUGAGUAUGGUAUGGGUUCCUGGGAGCAGAUCAAAGGGGAUCCAGCCUUGAAUUUGGAUGACAAAAUACUACUUGGAGAGGAUGUUAAACCUCAGGCUAAACACUUAGAAAGCAGAUCACAGUAUCUGCUUAAGCUCAUUAAGAAACACAUGGGCCUGGGCCCUGUUAAGCAACCCAAAAUGCGUCGAGCACUUAAUCCUCGGAAAGGUAUGAAAGAAGUGAAGGGUCUAUCAAAAGCCAUAAUAGAAAAUGAUGAUAGUUCUGAUGAUGGUGGAAAUUCUCCAGCACCCUCAAGCACCAACUCCAAAAAGCCUCCCAAGGAUUCAAAGGAAACCAAGGAGCUAAAAGAAGCUAAGGCCAAGUUUAAAGAUGUUAAGGAAGAGAAAGAAGAUGGGGAGAUUGUUAAAGUCAAGGAGGAGAUUGAAUCCAAGGAAACAGAAAAGAUUAAAAAGAAGAAAGAGAAAAAGGAAAAGAAGGAGAAGAAAGAAAAGGACAAGAACACGGGGCCAAUGCACAUCACUGCUAAUGGAGAACCAGUCCCCUUGGAUGAAGCAAAGGAGUUGGACAAAAACCAUCCACUGUGGGAUGAGUGCAAAGAGAAGAUGAGGCCAAUGAAGAAGGCUCUGAAGACAUUGGACAAUCCAAAUGAGAGUUUGACUCAAGAGGAGCAGAUAACACACACCCGCCGUUGCCUAGUGCAAAUUGGUGACCAUAUUGAACGUUGUUUAGAGACUAUCAAGGAUCCUGAUUCAGAGCGUGAAUGGAAGAGCCUCUUGUGGCAGUUUGUGUCAAAGUUUACAGAGUAUGAUGCAAGAAAAUUGCAUAAACUCUACAAAAAGAAUAAGAAGAUUAAAGAAGAGAAGAAAGAGGGAGAUAAAGAUGACAAGGAGAAGAAAGAAAAGAAAGAAAAGGAUCAUGAUAAGAAGAAAGAACGGGAUGAAAAGGAUAAGCAUCAUCACUCUCAAAAAAGGAGAUCAGAAGAGGCAGGCAGCCACAGUCCUUCAAAGAAACCUUAUAACGGAGGUCGGGAACUUGAAAAAUGGGGUGACCGAGAAAAGAAUAGAGACCGUGACCGAGAUAAAGACCGUGGCGACAGACCUCGAGAUCGUGACCGAGACCGUGAUCGUUACUUCUCAAGGAAUCAUGGUGGCCCUGGACGAGAUUGGCAUAAUAGUCCAGGCCCAAGAGAAUUCAAAGAAAGUCGGUAUCCACAAGACUACAACAAGAGGGAUGGUGGAGGUGGGGGAUAUCACCGUGAUAGCUACAAAAUGCAUGGCUACAGGGUUGGGGGAGAAUGGGGAGCACGGGCACAUCAUCCUAAGCACCCUAAUUAUGGCCCACCAAGUGGCUAUGGUCCACCAUAUUACCCUCCCCGUCCCUCUGGUCCUGGUAUUUAUGGCCCUCCACCUACUCAAGGAGCACAGAUUCCCCAUAGGCCACCACCAUUUGGUGCUCACCGGCCAGACUGGGGGCAGAAGGAAAGACCUGAUCGACCAGAUAGACCACAGCAGGAAUGGGGCAAAGACCGACCUGACAGGCCUCCCUCGUAUCAGAAGGAUUAUCCAUGAAUGUGUUGAUACUUAGUGAUGGUGACAGAUUUAAUAAAUUAAAAGUAAUGACAAGUAAAAUCAAACCUGGAAAAGAAGCUACAAAGUGAUUGGUCAGAGUUGAUACAUGCUGUAUCACAGAAACAUUACUAGACCAGUAAAUGGUGCUUUUAUAUGAUUAGAAAAGGGAUGAGUUUACAUUGUACCUCAUUGUCCUGUUUAGCAGGGCACUGGUGAGACAUUUUGUCUCUUUUUGGCUGUGACAUGUAAAUAUAGUGUACAUGCUAAUGGACAAGUCUGUAUAUUUGGUGAUGUAUGUAGAUAGUUAUUUAAAAAAAACUUGUGAAACUUACUGUCCAUACUACUGUUUUUUUAAUGAUUAUUCCAUCCCCAACUAUUUUUCACAACAUUUAUGUUUAGUGUGUGUAAUUACCAGUAAAUUUAGUGUUUAUUAUUUCAUCGUAUUACAUUUUUUGAAAGAUGGUGACAUUUCAUGUGCUUCUCUGUUUAAUAAUUCCAUCCCACCCUUUUUAAUACUUCCUAUUUUCUUUAGAAAUUUGUAAACUCUUAGCCAGAAUGAAACUUAGAUGCAAGGUUUAAAAUGUUAAAAGACCAUGUAAUGUAUACAUUUAAUCAAAUAGUUUUUAAUGUUGCAGAAUUGAAGAAAAUUAGAGGGGUAAUAAUCAUCCAUCCCUUACAUUAUACAACCAGGGAUGAAUACCAAAGAUUCUCUUAAGUUAUCCCAAUUUUUUCAUUCAAAGAUUUUAAUUAGUCCUCUGUGAUACAUAAUCAUGGAAAAUUUGACAUUGGUAACUUUGAAGAUAUCCCCAUUACAUAAUUGAAAUACUCAUGAAAACUGUUUGGAGCAUAGAGGUUAAGAAGAAAGACAUAGAGGCAGAAUAGAUUGCUAAAUGAAGUGGUCGACAAAUCUGUUCACAUGUGGUGGAACAUCAAAGCUGUCACUUGAAUUGAAUUUGAAUUGAAUUGGUCACUUACAGUCCAAGUUUAGGUAAAAAAAAUUACAUUAAGAAGCCAUAAUGUGGUUGGAUUCCCCACAGGCUUUUAUCAAUAGUACCCAGACAUAUCAUAAUCAUUGAGACCAAUUAGUUUUCCAUACAGAACAAAAAGGUUAAAAAUCAGAAGUUGAAUGCUUAAGGAAAAGACAUGUUUUUUGUUCAUGCUAUUCAGAUCUUAAUUUUUACUCCCAUUGCCCUCUUUUGACUUUGGAGGAUUGUUUAGUUAAUUAUUAAGACAUUGCCAUCUUAUAUCACUACUAACCUUUUGCUUCUUCCAUGUUUUACAAUGUGAUCAUGCCACCUCAUUACUCAUUUGUUUAUCUGUAACUCCAGUAUUACACACUUCCUGCCAUUAUCUCAUUCCUAGCCACUGCAUUGCCCCCUUUUGCAUGAUGAAUAAAAAAUCACCCAUUGUAAUAAUAGACAUCACAAUAUUCAUCAUUAUUUUACACUUAACUGCAUGUGCACACACACACACACACACACACAUAAAGGGCCUUGAAAUUAUAAAAUUACAAUUUUGUAAACAUAUCUUAAUUUGAUACAUAAAAACAUUAGUGGAUAUACCUUACACAAUUUAGAAAAUUAUAGAAAGCCUUGCAUAUCUUUUCAUAGGAAGGACUGGUAUUCAGCAGAAAAUGUGAUCUAUUGUUAAGAUUACAGUAAGGCUAAUUUAUUUAUGUUCUUUAUGUAAGUAUCAACCUCUGCAGGGAAGCAAAUAAUUUGUAUUAACAUUAAAAUGAAUGUUGGCUGCUUAUUGUUUUAGAUUAUACCAAAAUAUCUGAAGAUAUUGAAAGAAUCAUUUUAUUACAGAUAAUGGAACUGCAAAUUUAGUUUUAUUUUGUGCAAUACAAUUACAUCAAUCAGCAUAAGGUUUUUGAUGGUUGCAUGGUACUUAUAGAGUAAUAAGCUGAAAUUCAGAGCUUCCCAAACUAAAUAUCUGUAGCCUAUGUUUUACAAAAGAUGAAAAGAGUCUGAAUGUACUAUUCAUGUCCCAUCUGCAUGGUUAGGACUCCACAAUCUCUAUUUACUCCAUUCACCCAUAAAAGGAUAUCUUGUGCUAGGUGUAUUCUCUAUUCAAGGAAUACCAAAACAUGGCUAACAAUUGUUCCUCAUAGAUUAUUGCACUCGAUCUUUUCUUUCUUCAACCAAAGUCAGUCUGGGAGGAUGCUGAGAUCAUGCACUGAAGAGAAGUAUCUGCAUGGAAUUAAAAGAUAAAUGUAGUCUGCAAGAAAACCUUUGUACAUUUUCAAUUAUGAAUAUAGGUAUUCCAUUAUCCCAAAAAGGAGCAUUAAUGAUCAGAAAUUUAAUUUUAUUUCUAAUAACCUAGAUGUUCUUUUCAUCUGUGCUUGCUGACAAUACCAUGAUUCUUGGGGAGUUUGUGCUAAGGCUUUCUUCAACUUGUUUAUGAACGUCAUUCAUUGUAAUCGAGUGAAUGUACUCCUCUAAAUACAAGCUUUUUGAUUUUGCUUCUUACUGAAAAAGUAGUACCUUAAAUUUAUACAUGUUACCAAGUGCAAAAGUGCAAAGAGGAAAUUAUGUUAUUUGCUUAUAUAACAUUUAAGCACUUUCUAAUAGGAAAUACUGAAUGGAGCAUGUUAGAAAAAUACUACUAUCCUGAUACCCUGAAAUUACAGAAGCCUGAAUCUAGUACAGUGACUUUUAUAUCUGGAAGGUUGCAAAGCAUAUGAUAAUGUCUUGAUAAGAAAGGAAACAUUAUCUCAAACCCCGGCCAAGUUACAUGAUCUUGGUUGCCUAGCCUUGGAUUGUUUAAUCCUUUUAAUAUUUUUCUCUUGUUUUGUACCUUGUAUAAUGCUUAUCAUGAAGAGUUUCUCAGUAUUUAUUAAGAUAACUUCUUUAUCAAGAUCAAAAGUUUACAAAAAUAUAUCCGAUACUUCAUACACACAGGCCUAUCCAUGUACAGGAUGAAAUUUCUAGCUAAUUUUAAAUAUGUUCAUCAUUUGUAAUUAUUCGUGGGUGGAUGAAUCCAUGCAUAUUGGUUUGAACACCUGAAACCUUUGAAUUGUAUCCCAAUUAUUGACAAGCAUUGCAAAUAUUAACUCCAUGCAAGACAUAUAGAAUAACAUAUAUGAUUCCUAGUUCUAGUUCCAACCUUCAUUCCUUAUGUUCUUGUUGCAAGAGAUGCACACUAUAUUUUUGAAAAUCCAUAUGUUCUACAAGGCUAUAUUAACCACAUUUCCAUUUACUGAUGUCAUUGUUAUAUCACAUAACUAAGUCACAACUUGGCAUUUCUCAUUUUUUGUCGAUAUUUUUUUAUUCCUUAGCUCAGCUUAUCCAACUUCAUUUUUUCCAAAAUCCAGAGUAGAAAUGCUUGGUUAAAAAUUUGUAGCAAGAGUAUACAGGGAGGAAAAGGGGCUUGGUGUACUCACUGGCAUGAAGUGUACCUCAAGUGUAGACAUUACAUGGGUCCUAAAAAUUAAUUAAUUCUGUGAUGGAUUGAAAGGACCAAGUUACUGGCAAACUAACUUACUCAGCACAGCAUUACCAAGUACUAGAAAACUCUGCAGUUCUUCUGUCAAGAUUGAAUUCCUAUUUUAAUGUCAUCAUAGUAAUGUAUUUCUUAUGCUGUGUAUUGAGAAUGAAAUCUCAUCUGCUUUAUUGUAUGUAUGUUCUGGAAACCUGUAGAUAUUCUUUAGUGUAUACUCAAAUAGUAUACCCCAUUUUCCUAAAUUGAAUGUGUCAUAUGCUAGUAAAGCCUGAAGCAACCCCCCCCCC